AUGUUCAUUACUCAGUUUGUAGCAGUGGCAGCGGUCUUGGCGUUGUACCUGGAGAACGCGCUGCUGCUCCCGGAGUGGCUGUCCGUGACAGUGUACCACGGCUUCACGGCGGCGGGCUGCGUCGCGCCCCUGCUGGGGGCCUGCCUGGCCGACGGCGUCCUGGGGAGGUUCAGCGCGGUGUUUGCGACGGGCCUGGCGCUGACGAGCGCGGGGGCGGCCGGCCCCAAGCCGUGCGCCGCGCUGUUCCUGGGCGACCAGUUCGAGCUGCCCCGGCAGGCACGGGCCCUGGGGCGCAGCCAGUCGGCCCUGCGCCUGGCCAAGAGCCUUGGCGCGGUCCUCGCCGUGCUGCUGACGCCCGCGGUCCGCACAGCCGCGCCCUGCUUCGGCGCCGGCGACUGCUACCUGGCCGCCUUCGCCCUCACCACCGUCCUGUUCGGCCUGGCGCAGGAACAGUAUGCGUUGUGGAAGAAGUUUCACUCGAAGCACAGAGAGAAAACACACUGGCUGAACUAUGCCUCCAGGAAAUACGACUCGAGGCUCAUAGAAGACAUGAAGGUCAUGUUUUCGAUCAUGCUCGUGUUUGUUCCCUUGCCAAUAUUCUGGAGUCUCUUCGACCAGCAGGGCUCCCGCUGGAUCUUCCAAGUGUCGCGCACGGACUGCCGCGUGCCGGGGCUGUGCCUGGCGCCCGACCAGCUCCAGGCCGUGAGCCCCGCCGCGGCCGUGCUGCUUGUGGUGGCGUGCGGCCCGCGCCGCGCCGCGGGACUCUGGGGCGUGCCCGCGGGGGGCCUGCUGGCGGGGCUCGCCUUCGUCACCGCCGGCGUCGUCGAGGUGACCAUGGAGGUGUCGUACUCGUCUUUCCCCGGCAGGGGGGAGGCCUACUUGAACGUGAUCAACAGCCUCCCCUGCAGAGUCGAGCUCGGCAACCCUUUCAACCACUUCCAGGAGGUCGGUGCCAGCAGCAGCUUCGUGUUCCGCAACAUCACCGCGAGCGGGCGGGAGAGUCACGGCGUGAUGGUGGCCGCCACCAGGGCGUGCGGUGGUCUGACCCUCUCCACCAGCUGGGCCUUCCCUGAUGUCCCGGUCGUGGGAGGUCAGUACUCCAUUGUUCUGGGAUCUUCUAGUGCUGCGUCGGGGGAUUCUGACGACGCGACACUUCAAAGGGCUGCGAGGCCUUUCCAGGGCGGGGUGGACAGAAUGGUGUUCCUGAACCUGGCUGAAGACAGUUCCGUGGCGGUUGAACUGACGAAUGCCAUAUCUUCACGUUCUGAGCGGUCGGCUCCUGGCGAAAGACACAGCAGCACACAGUUCGUAAUGCUGGAUGCCGGAAGGUAUAUUUACGAAGCCAAACUGCUGGGAGACAAGAACUACACAGACAUCGGCUCACUGGCCCUGCAAGUAGGUGAAGUGUACACGCUGAUACUUCAAGAGUCCAACUCUACAAUAAUGGUGGAUUUGUACGACUUGUCCCCCCUCAACCCGCCCAGCGUCCUGUGGCUGCUGCCGCAGUACAUCCUGAUAUCCGUGGCCGAGGUGGUGUUUGUGUCCGCAGGGGUGGAGUUCAUCACGACCCAGGCGCCGAGGAGCAUGGCGACCGUGACGCUGGCGCUGUGGUACCUGACGGUGGCCGUCGGCAACCUGAUCAUCGUGGCCGUGACCUACUGGGAGCUGACUGCCAGCCAGGCUCACGAAUUCUUCUUCUUCGCUGGCUUGUCAUUGGUCGGCGCGGUGUUGUUCGCGCGCGUGGCCAGGAAGAAAGAGUUUGCGGCCGCGGAUGCCAGCAGCUCGGCCUACCUGCUGCAUCCACUGGAAGACCAGGAACACCUCCCCAAGUGCGCCCCGUCAGACUUCACUUUGUAG